GUGUUCGUGUUUAAGUCUGGGGUUAUGUGCUGUAUGUGAUGCUCUGCUUCACGUGCUAUAAGUGCUGGACUGUGAGGUCUUGUUGACUUAUAAGGGAAGGGUCGAAAGGCAGCGCGCCAGGACCAGAGACGGAGUGAGCAAGGCACACCAGACGCUCUGAAAGUGCACAGCUACAGAGAGAAGCAGCAGCUGCAACCACAGCAAGCUUUCCUGUGAACAUACUCUGAUCUGCGUAGGAGCUUUGCUCUGCAAGACGUCCCUCUACCAGCUUCAUAGCAACAGCCCUUAUAACCCUGAAGACCAGUGAUGGAGACUCCGGCUCAGAAGCGCAGCAGCCGUGGUGGGGCGACCGCCGUGCUCUCGCCCGCCCGCAUCACCCGGCUGCAGGAGAAAGAGGACCUGAGCAAUCUGAAUGACCGCUUGGCUGUCUACAUUGACAAGGUGCGAUCUCUGGAGGCAGAAAACGCCGGGCUGAGACUGCGCAUCACCGAGUCGGAGACGGAAAUCAGCCGAGAGCUGGGCGGAAUGAAGGCAGCUUACGAGACCGAGCUGGCCGAUGCCCGCAAGACCCUGGACUCCGUGGCCAAAGAGAGAGCCCGGCUGCAGCUGGAGCUCAGCAAAGUGCGUGAGGACUACAAGGAGCUCAAGGCCAGGAACAAUAAGAAAGAGGCUGAUCUGGAGUCAGCUCUGGCCAGGCUGAAAGAUUUAGAGGCUCUCCUGAACUCCAAGGAUGCUUCUCUUUCCACAGCACUGGGGGAGAAGAGGUCUCUGGAGACUGAAGUUAGGGACCUGAAGGCCCAGUUGGCUAAGCUGGAAGGCAGUCUGAGUGACGCUAAGAAGCAGCUUCAGGAUGAGAUGCUGAGGAGGGUGGAUGCAGAGAACCGCAUCCAGACUCUGAAGGAGGAGCUGGAGUUCCAGAAGAACAUCUACUCUGAGGAGCUGCGGGAGUCCAAGCGCAGACACGAGUCGCGCAUGGUGGAGAUCGACAGCGGCCGGCAGCAGGAGUUUGAGAGCAAGCUGGCAGAGGCACUGACUGAGCUCCGUGGGCAGCAUGAGGCGCAGCUUCGCAUCUACAAGGAGGAGAUCGAGAAGACCUACAAUGCUAAGCUGGAGAACGCACGUCAGUCUGCGGAUCGGAACAGUCAACUGGUGGGUGCGGCCCAUGAGGAGCUGCAGCAGACACGCGUGAGACUGGAGGGCGUGUCCUCUCAGCUUUCUCAGCUCCAGAAACAGCUGGCUGCUCGGGAGGCUAAAGUGCGUGAGCUGGAGGAGGCUCUGUCCCGUGAAAGGGAUAUUAUGCGCCGGCGCCUGGAAGAGAAGGACAGAGAGAUGGCAGAAAUGCGUCAGCGCAUGCAAGAGCAGCUGGAUGAGUACCAGGAGCUGCUGGACAUCAAGCUGGCCCUGGACAUGGAAAUCAGUGCCUAUAGGAAACUGCUGGAGGGAGAGGAAGAGAGGCUGCGUCUUUCCCCCAGUCCUCCUCCUACCAGGGUCAUAUCGGUCACUCGCUCCUCAGGCUCGGGCACACACGCUCAGACCCGCCUAGCUCAGAGCAGCAGCAGCCGCAACUCCUCUGGUAGUGCAAAGAAACGGCGCCUCAAUGAUACGGACAGCGAUGCAUCGAGUGUGGCAGGAGGGACAGUCACUCGCACCCGCAUAACUCAGCAAGCCUCAGCCAGCGGCCGUGUCACUGUGGAUGAGGUGGAUCUGGAGGGCAAAUACAUCCGCCUCAGCAACAAAGCUGACCAGGACCAGUCUCUGGGUCACUGGCAGGUGAAGAGGCAGGUGGGCACCAGUACCCCCAUUGUCUACAAGUUCCCACCCAAAUUCACCCUUAAAGCUGGACAGUCAGUCACGAUCUGGGCUGCUGGAGCUGGUGGGACUCAUAACCCUCCUUCUGAUCUAGUGUGGAAGACUCAGAACUCCUGGGGAACUGGAGAUCUGUUCCAGACCACUCUGAUUAGUGCCAAUGGAGAGGAGAUGGCAAUGAGGAAAGUCACACGCACGCUAUUCCAGGAAGAAGAUGAUGAAGAAAUGGCAGCUCACAGUACGUGUGGGGACAGUGAGUAUAACCUGCGCAGCCGCACGGUGAUCUGUGGCUCAUGUGGUCAGCCAUCGGACAGGAACGCAGGCAGCUGUGUGUCUGCGAGCUCUGGAGUGUCCAGCGCUUCUCGCUCUUUCAGUAGCGGAGGAGGAGGACUGCCUGAGGGACUGGUCUCCCACUCCCACUUCAUCAUGGGUAGUGACAAACCCAGACAGGGAGGUCCUAAACCAGAGAACUGCUCCAUCAUGUAGAUCCAGGAGCAGCCAUGACGUCUGCCCAGAACAGAAAGCACUAUUUGCACUGCGAAAACUGGGAGACACGUAUAUUUUUUUCUAACAUCUAGCCAUGGAGAUUUUUUUUUAUUUUCAUACUUUAUACUUAAAUCAGUCUUAUUUUGUAUGUAAUAAUCUGCAGGAUAGAUUAAUAGCUUUUGUAUGGCUGAGGGCAUGGAGGCGGCUUGGGUGCUAUAUAGGGUUUGUAUAUAUACAGUAGUCUAGGUUAGUCUUGCAUGUGGGCUUGGCAGCUGUUUUUCAAUAGCCAUGUUCAAGGAGAGGGGUUAGCAGAACACUUGAAACAUAUCCAAAGAUGAGGAUCCGCCUUAGGCUUUCCUAUCGAAUGCUGUCACAACUCAACACGCACAUCAUGGUUUCCCUGUCAGCAAGUUUACUCGAAUAGGAUCAGGAGUGUACUUGAACGUACUGUAAAGCCAUGUUUUGCCACUUUUACCAAAAGUUUGUCAUAAUUCACUUUAGAGGACAAAUUUCCAACACUAAUAAUGAACAUAGAAAUUCUGAAAUCAUGCAGUGCAGUUAAUGCAGUCUUAAAGUAAGACUGUUUUGACUGCAUCAUUCUGUUUAAAAAGCCUUUGUAGUGCCUUUAAGAAUGUACUGUUUUGCAGCUUUAAAUGUCCUGUGUACUGUGUAAAUGGUACCCCUAAGGUAGUGUUCUUAUACUGAAGAAAUAAUGGGGAAUGUUAAAAAUGCAGGGGAAGAAAAAAGAGAAAUGUAUUAAGUAAUUGCUUUUGGAAGUUUUCAGACCAGUGGGACGAAGUGUGGAUUAUGUGGGCUUUGGCCAUAAGUCGUUUAAAAG